AUGGCUGCCAAUCCAGAGAUCAACCUUCCAGAGACCUCUGAGCUUGGAGCUACCGAUUCGCGAAGCCAAGCGGGAAUAAGCAUAUUGCCGGACAUGCACAGGACUUCGGCAGAGGAACCCGCAAGUCACGAUUCCACAACCGAACCAGACAACGAGCCAGAGAAAGAAUACUAUUAUGGAAAGAACAGCGCCAGUAGCGAAUUCGCAUCGCAAAAAGACAUUCAGAGUUCAGAAGUCGUUUGGCGAUAUCUCACAUUCGACGUCGAACUUCCGCAUCCGACAACUAUCCAUCCGACGCAACCCGAUCAGGAAGCUCCACCUGGGCCCCCAAACCUUACCAAAUAUACGAACCCUUUCGAUUGGUCCGAGACAAGAAAAAGAUUCACGAUAUGCGUGUCAUGUUUCAUCACGGCGCUUACUGCGUUCUCAGCCGGAGCUUACAGCCCGGGCGUUGGGCAAAUGACGCAGGAAUGGGGUGUCAGCAGUGUUGCAGCGCUUGUCGGCAUCACGACCUUUACGACCGGCUUCGCCAUCGCGCCGAUGGUUCUGGCCCCCUUCUCUGAGAUCAAUGGCCGACGACCAGUUUUCCUCGCUUCUGGUAUACUAUUUGUGAUAUGUCAGCUCUGCUCUGGCCUCACGCAGUCUUAUGCUGGUAUGCUCGUUGCGCGGUUCUUUUUGGGUGUAGGUGGAUCUACAUUCUCGACUAUGGUUGGCGGAGUGGUGUCUGACAUAUACCAUGCUGAGGAUCGCAACACCCCCAUGGCUCUGUUCUCGGGCGCUGCAUUGUUCGGCACGUCCUGGGGGCCAUUAGUGUGUGGCUUUAUUGCACAGAACACGUCUUGGAGGUGGAUAUUCUACGUACAAGCUAUUGCAUGCGCGGCAGUGGUCGUGCUGAUGUGUGUUGUAUUUAAAGAAACCCGCGGAUCAGUUCUUCUGUCCAAGAAGGCCAAAGCUUUGAACAAGUGGUACGAGGCCCGCGAGGCGUCCGGAUAUUAUGGCUUCAACAUCCACGAUGCCGAAAAGCCUGAGAACAUGGUAUCGCAACGUUUGAGAUGGAAAGUACGAUCAGAUGAGGAACGGGCUUCUCUCAGCAAGAUGAUAGGAGUCUCUCUUUACCGACCAUUCCAUCUUCUCUUCACCGAACCCGUAGUAUUCUGGUUCUCGCUCUGGGUGGCCUUUUCCUGGGCUGUACUUUAUCUCACUCUAGCGGCCAUUCCACUGGUGUUCCAGAGCAACCAUGGUUUCUCACUACAACAAGCCAACGCUGUCUUCGCGUCUAUGGGAAUAGCUAGUAUCUUCUCGACUAUAUUGUCAAUUUACCAAGAGAAAAUUGCGAAGAGGAACGGAAAACUAACAGGCACUCCCGAAGGCCGCCUCUACUUUGCUUGCAUAGAAAGCGCCUGUAUGCCUAUUGGUCUUUUCAUGUUUGGUUGGACGAGCUUCCCUGAUAUUCAUUGGGUUGUACCAGCAAUCGCAAUUGGUAUUGCUACUAUCGGAAUCUUCAGCAUCUACCUUGCGACCUUCAACUUUCUCGCAGAUACGUAUCAUCGCUAUGCGAGUUCAGCACUAGCGGCGCAGUCUUUCUGCCGGAACAUGCUUGGCGGAAUCUUCCCACUUAUUACAACUCAAAUGUAUAAUAAACUUGGCUACGGCCCAGCGAGUAGUCUGCUGGGAGGAAUUGGCGCAUUGUUAACCAUAGUACCUUGGAUUCUGGUCUUCUAUGGUCCUAGGAUCAGAGCGAGAAGCAAAUUUGCAAGCGAAAUCAUGGAUGUUACCAGUUGA